AUGACACGACCUUGGAAGCACCACGUGGUCCCGACUCUGAAUGAUCCAGCCGAGGGACACGUUAGAUGUGGAAGUGAAUACCGCCUGAAGGGCCGUUUCCAAGAGAGAGUUGGCCAGAGACUUGUCACCAUUUUCGAUGCAAAUGGUAUCGAUCUAAGCUUCGAUUCGCUGGCUCGACACUCCGCGUCCUCAAGCGCCAAAGAAACGUGCUGGGGGAAGGCUUGA